GUGAAGCUGAUUCCCCAUCACAACUCCCAGGCCCGACCGCUGACACGGCACGCUGCCGCGCUCCGGCCCUUCCAGCCAUCGCUAGGUCCCCUACGGACCCCCGCUCCUGCGAGAUCACCCUCUCCUUCUUCAUCCUCCUCCUCUUCCCGAUCUGCCUCGCCCAUUGGUGCUGAGAGUUUCAGGGAGCAGGAUGAACCAUCGCCAGCCGGAGCAUGAGCCCCUCGAGCAAUUCCAGACGCCGCUUGCAGAUCGCUUGUUGCGGCAUCAGUUCAAUGAGGAAAGGCAGUUGCGGUACGACAUUCAGCAGGUGAACGUGCCAGCGCCCGGGGUUGCUGAUUUGGCGGCAUACUCGUUGCUUUGCGAUCGGCUGACGUAUGCGGGGGUGUACGUGGACGUGACGCAGUUGCCUGGCCAGGAGACGACUCGAGUAUUCAUUGAGUUCCGCACGCUCCAGGUGGCACCCAACUUCGUGCACAGCGUCGCCACCUUUAUCGGAGACUUGACGAUCCUACCGCAGUCGAAUCGGGAGCCGGCGCGAAGCUUUGUGCGCGAAUACACGGUGGAAGCGGCCAGAUCAGUGGCCAGAUUGCAAGGACGGGGGGGACACCGAUUCACAGCCCACGAAGUGCUGCUGCGCAGGGCAGAGGACGGACCAAUUGCGUUGGUGCCACAGCUCCCCGCGCUUCUUCCUCCCGCUGCUCCUCUCAACUUCCAAGCUAUUCCCCCUUAUUUGGUGGAGCUGACUGACGUGGAGCCGCUACCCUUCGCUGGCGAAGACACGUGGGAGUUGCACCGUGCGCUGUACAAGUCGGUGGCGCUGGGGAUGUUCCGGUUCUUCAUGGAUCACGAAGACCACUGCAUCGGGGAGCACUUCGUCGUCUACUACGUCAUCACACGGCCCAAGACUGCGGAGAAGGAAGGGACAGUGGCGCUGUACCCAUUCGCCCAGCUCCAGACGAUCGAUCCGGGAUUGUUGGAGCUCAUACAUCUUGAGCUCCUCUCCAUUGCGCAAGUGAUUGCGAGCGAGGAGGAGGAGAUCCAACCACGAUUGCGGAUGGCGACGGCCCCGCGGAGAACGUACAACGUGGUCGUCAUCCCGGAUUACAUUGCGCAGCGCGGAGAGGUUGGAGGACUUCCCGGAGGAAAAGCUGUUGCGGCCUCCCUCGUCGUAUCCUCGACCGGCGCCACCGAAGGCCCCCAAGAAGACGCCGAAGAGGAAGAGACGCCACCCGUCGCCAGGAGCGCAAGGCAUCAGGAUCGGCGGCGGCGAGGAGCGCGACUGGCUGGGACGCUCAUCUACGAGACCGGGCAGCGUCCCAAUGCGAUGUACCACUUCCUUGUCUUCGCGGCGCAGAAACGGGAGCGGCGGCCUUACACCGAGACUCAUGUGGUGAUGACGGGUCCAGGGCCCCGAUCAGUGCGCAAGCGGGUGGUGCGAGCGGUCGCGGAUCUGGCGCCACGUGUCCUGUCUCAUGUGCCGGGGGCUUUCCUCUAUCCUUCGUUCGUGCAGCACCACUUCCAUGAGGAAGAUACGCCAACGACUCCCGCGGCAAUGGCCGCUUUUCUUCCGCCUAUUCCGCCCCCUCUCAAUCCCGACAUAGAUCACUUCCUCUGAUCACCCCCGUCUACCUCUAGCCUGUUCUCUCCUUCUCCUUCUCUUUAUCGUCUUCCUCUCCUAUCUCCAAAGUUCGCGUGUC